UCUUAAUAUUAAUGUAUUUCCGUUAUUAGUAAGACUGCACUAUGUCUGAGAUAACAGAAUCUUAUCCAAGUUGUGACGUGGACAAUGAAGAGUCAACGUACAGUUACCAGACCUACAAGACAGAACCACCAGUCGGGGAGGAAAUAUUGACUAAGUUUGAAAACAGGAGUGCUCUUGCGCAGGACCUAAACUUACUCUCAGGGUUGCCGGAGCUAUGUGAUAUAAUAUUCCUGGUCGGUGAGGAUAAGCAGCCUGUGUGCGCAGUCCGGGCUAUUCUCGCCGCUAGAAGCAGGGUAUUUAGAAAGCAGCUGUACAGUCAUGUUCCCAGACGGUGCUCGUUGAAAGAUGCCGCCCCACGUAGCAUUAAAUCUAAAAGCAAGCCCCCAAACACGAUAGUGGUACCGGAGUUCGAACCGAGCGUGUUUAAACAGCUUAUAGAGUACCUUCACACUGGGGUGUGUACACUGCAGCCGAGAACACUGUUCGGUUUAGUGAACGCGGCUGAUCACUACGAUGUUGAGGAACUGAAACAAGCCUGUAUCAACUUUGUAGGUCAGAGUAUCAGUACAGAUACAGUAUGCCACAUGCUCUCCAACGCUGACAGAUACAUUCAAUACAAAUCUACCAAGGUGCUCAUCCAAAAGGUGAUGGAAUUUAUAGACCGGAACGGUGACGAAGUUCUGAGUCUUCCCUCAUUCUCGAUUUUGCCAAAGCACGUUGUGCAAUUGAUCAUAUCUAGAGAAAGUCUCGCUGUUUCAGAGGUUAACAAGUUUGUAGCAGUAUACAACUGGAGUAAAUCUCAGUAUGAAAAGGAACGAUGUCUACCUCUCAACUGCGACGAAAAAGUAGUGAAGUUGAGUGACAUUGUUGAAGGAUUCUUAGACUACAUACAGUUUCACAAGAUCCCCAUUCAUUAUCUCAUGAACGAGGUACGCCAGAGUGGAGCGGUACCAGACACUAUCAUCAUGAUGGCAGUAGCUUAUCAGAUGGAUCCUGCUUCUAUUGACGUCUCCAAGUUCUCUCGGAGCUACUCCCAUUAGAGUGCAGGAAACUCGGUGUUUAUUGAGCUAAUUGUGUACAAUAUUACUACUUCAGUACUUGACUCUUCUUCAUAUUAUACACGCUAUUUCUUCUGUAAUUUGAUCUGCAGUUUCUGCCUUGUGGGUACACUGUAUAAGAUCUGCGAGUGAUUUGCCUCUAAUAAUUAUCUCUCAACUGUUGCUGUAUCUCAGUGUAUGAGGGCCUGCGCGCAUUUGUUUAUAAAAGCAAUGUUCAUCCUUUAAUUUUAUUAUGUUGUGUUUAACUUGUAUCUUAAAAUGCAAAAUCAUUCUGGUGUUUUAAUCUCAUAUUUGAGCAUAAUCAGGCUUUAUUGGGACGGCAGUGCUAACUAGGGUUUCAUUUAAAUUUAUUAUUGUUUUAAAAACUUUUCCAGACUAUUUUAAUUUUACCAUUUAUUGCUUAAAUUCCAUUUUGCUGUGCUGAAGCUUGAUUGUCAUAUUAAUAUUAUUAUUCAUUGUUCAUAAAUGUCAAAUAUUCAGAUUCAAUUUAAUUUAUUAUUUACGUU